AUGGCGAUAAAGGGAUCGCCUCGAGGUCGUCGCACUCAGUAUGCCGCAUUCGGUGUCGCCCUAAUUAUCUUCUACCUGCUCUACUCACCAUGGACGUCGCGGGCCCAUCUCGAGUCAGUACGACUGACGAAAUUCAUGAAUUCCGUCGAUGAAACCCAUCACAUCGACUUUGCCCCGAGCAGCUUCAACUGGAGCAAUGUCAAACACAAAUAUGCCGUCGACGACGAGGCACUAGCCCAGGUCCCAUUCAGCAAAUUUGCCCGACUUCCCAGAGUGCAGUUCAAGUUUCCCGCCGAGACUCUGGAGCAACGUCAGCAGAGGGAGUACAAGAGGCAGCAAGUUAGAAAUACGUUUGUGCGAGACUGGGAGGCAUAUCGCAAGUUUGCGUGGAUGAAGGACGCCUUGCUGCCCGUCUCUGGCGGCUACCGUGAUCAAUUCUCUGGCUGGGCAGCGACCUUGGUCGACUCCCUCGACACCCUCUGGAUCAUGGGCCUCAAGACCGAGUUCGAAGAGGCCGUGGCGGCCGUCGCUAAGAUUGACUUUGGCCAGUCCACCUCGGACAACGUCAAUACAUUCGAGACCAACAUAAGAUAUAUGGGAGGAUUACUUUCGGCGUACGACUUGAGCAAGCGACCGGUUCUGCUUGCCAAGGCGAUAGAGCUCGGAGACUUGCUCUAUGGUGCGUUCAAUACAGAGAAUCGCAUGCCCGUCGAUUUUAUUAGUCUAGAGCAAGCUAAGACUGGUGAGGGACUCAUGGUAGAACCCUCGGUGGUUUCGGCAGGCCCGGGCACUCUGUCACUGGAGAUGACUCGCUUGUCGCAAGUCACGGGUGAUCCAAAGUACUAUAAUGCCGUCUCUGGUGUCAUGAAUCUCUUCUUUCGAAACCAGAACAAGACCAAGAUACCAGGGUUAUGGCCCAAGAUGGUUUCCAUGAGCGGCAAGGACGUGUCAUCUGGCAAUGUCUUCACACUCGGCGGCUGUGCCGACUCCCUCUACGAGUAUCUGCCCAAGAUGCAUGGUUUGCUGCAGGGAGCCGAGCCAAUCUAUAGCACCAUGUCGCGGGGCUUUAUGAAUGCGGCAAACGAGCACUUGUUCUUUCGGCCAAUGGUACCAAGUCAAGAGGAUCUACUCAUCUCGGGAAACGCCGACUACCUAGGUGACGGCGAGGUGCAACUCGACCCUCAAUCCGAGCAUCUCACAUGUUUCAUCGGCGGCACCUUUGCGCUGGCAGGACGACUGCUCAAUCAACCCGGCGACAUUGAACUCGGCGCAAAGCUCACAAGAGGGUGCAUGUACGCCUACAAGUCCAUGCCGUCCGGGGUAGGCCCCGAGCGCUGGAACAUGGUCGCCUGCGCGUCCCGCGACGGCUGCGAAUGGAGCGAGGCGCGCUGGGGCCAGGAAAAGAAGAGACGGCUCGAGCUCAAUGAGCACCUGCCCAAGGGCUUCACGUCGGUCAGCGAUCCGCGCUACAUUCUUCGUCCCGAAGCCAUUGAGAGCGUCUUUGUCCUGUAUCGCAUAACUGGGCGCCAAGAAUUCCAGGAUGCUGCUUGGGACAUGUUCCUCGCCGUGCGGAAUGCUACGCGUACUCAAUACGCGAGUGGCUCUGUACCCGACGUGACAAAACCGGUGGACACGAGCAACAAUGAGGACUACAUGGAGAGCUUCUGGUUGGCCGAGACCUUGAAGUACUUUUACCUGGCCUUUUCUCCACCCGACCUCAUUAGUUUGGAUGAUUAUGUGCUCAAUACUGAAGCGCAUCCAUUCCUGCGACCGAGGUGA